CGGACAGAGAUUCAACCCCACCCACCUCAGACUGGAAUCUGAGCGGAACCGUGUCGCGCGGCGGGUUGUAUGCCUCUACCGUGCCGUACAAUGACCGAAUAUUCCUCGCUCACAGAAUAACAUACGCCAUUAUGCCCCGGGAGCGUGCGGUGAACGAGGAGGAGACCGAGCCUCUGACCAAGGACCAGGCCUCAGGGCGCAAUUCAGAAGAUGAUUCGCACGGGUCGGUAUCUUCAGCGUCGACAACAUCUUUGAUUCUGGAGCACAUCAAUGAUGGAGCGACGAACGGCGCAUCGCGGUCUGGAUUGGGAGAGAAAUACCGGGACGACGAUAGCGGUGAGCGUGGCCGUAGACAACAAACAUUUGACCUAGAGGAGGGCCGCUACCAAAGCACAACUCCGGUCGACAAGAAGGCGCGCCGAUUAUUGUGGAUUAUCGGAACAAUAUGCGUCGUUGGGUGGGGACUUGCGCUGGCUUCAUUCGUCAUUGGAGGCAGCUACAAGCAUGCCUCUACCCGCCCACAUGACCCUCUCGCGACCGCCUCAAGAGGCUCAGGGAAGAAGGUCACGUUGGAAAGCGUGCUUGGCGGCCAAUGGAUUCCACAAACACAAAGCGUAUCAUGGAUCGCAGGGCCCAAUGGUCAAGACGGCCUUCUGCUCGAAAGGGGAUCAGCCGAAGACCAAUACCUUGCUGUGGAAGACAUAAGGAACAAAGGGAAUCUCGCCGCCUCCGACAGCAAGACUAUCUUAAUGAAGAAGCGGAACUUCUUUGUCGGAAGCAAAUUCAUCUAUCCAUCCAAUGUCUGGCCAAGCAAAGACUUCAAGAAAGUGCUUGUUAGUUCCGAUGAGCAAAAGAACUGGAGGCACUCUUCCACAGCACUUUACUGGAUCUUCGAUGUCGAGACUCAAACAGGCCAGCCUUUGGACCCCGAAAACCCAGAUAGUGUCAUCCAGCUCGCCUCCUGGUCGCCGCAAUCAGACGCCGUCGUAUUCACUCGAAAUAACAACAUGUUCCUUCGAAAGCUGGACUCGGAUAAAGUGAUCCCAAUCACUCAUGAUGGUGGUGUGGAGCUGUUCUACGGCGUUCCAGAUUGGGUUUAUGAGGAGGAAGUGUUUAGCGGCAACAGCGCGACUUGGUGGUCAGAGGAUGGCGAGUACAUUGCAUUCCUGAGGACGGACGAGUCCGCCGUGCCGACCUAUCCCGUGCAGUACUUCUUGUCGCGGCCGAGUGGAGCAAAACCGAAGCCUGGAGAGGCUGCUUAUCCCGAGGUUCGCAACAUCAAGUAUCCCAAGGCUGGUGCGCCCAACCCCAUUGUAUCGCUUCAGUUCUAUGAUGUUCUGAAAGGGGAGGUGUUCUCCGUCAAGAUUGAGAAUGACUUCCCUGAUGACGACCGUCUCAUCACCGAAAUAGUUUGGGCUGGGAGAAGCAAGCAAGUCAUCGUGCGCGAGACAAAUAGGGAGAGUGAUAUUCUCAAGCUUGUCAUCAUAAACGUCGAACGACGGACUGGGAAAACAGUGAGGACUGACGAUGUGAAUGCCCUAGAUGGUGGGUGGUUUGAAGUCUCCCAAAGAACAACUUUUGUUCCCUCCGAUCCAGCUAAAGGCCGCAAUCAUGACGGCUAUAUUGACACCAUCAUCCACAAAGGAUACGACCAUAUUGGAUAUUUCACUCCGUUGGAUAACCCAGAGCCAGUAUUACUCACACAAGGCGAGUGGGAGGUCGUAGAAGCGCCAUCUGUUGUAGAUCUUGAGAAUAAUCUCGUCUACUUCAUUUCCACUCAGAAGGAUUCUGUAGAGCGGCAUGCUUAUGUUGUCAAGCUAGAUGGCAGCGGUUUGAACCCAAUCACAGACACUGCCAAGCCAGGCUACUACGAUGCACACUUUUCGACUGGUGGUAGCUAUGCUCUGAUAACCUACAGUGGCCCGGGGAUCCCAUGGCAAAAGAUUAUCAGCACACCUUCCAGCAAACAGACAUAUACCAGAAUCAUUGAGGAGAACAAGUCUCUUGAACAAUUAGCCCGACAGCACGAGAUGCCCAUUCUAUCUUACAGCACUGUCGACGUAGACGGGUUUAAGCUCAAUGUUCUUGAGCGCCGACCGCCGCAUUUCAACGAGAAACGCAAAUAUCCCGUUCUUUUCUAUCAAUACAGUGGACCUGGCUCGCAGACUGUUGAUAAGAAGUUCCACGUUGACUUCCAAUCUUACGUUGCUUCAAGUCUUGGGUACAUUGUGGUUACUGUGGACGGCCGCGGCACCGGCUUCUUGGGUAGAAAACUGCGUUGCAUUACUCGAGGCAAUAUUGGUUACUACGAGGGGCAUGACCAGAUUGCGGUGGCGAAGAUGUGGGCCAAGAAGAAGUAUGUUGACCAGGAUAGAAUAGCAAUCUGGGGUUGGAGUUAUGGGGGCUUUACAACUCUUAAGACUCUUGAGAUGGAUGGUGGUGAGACAUUCAAGUACGGCAUGGCCGUUGCCCCUGUCACUGAUUGGAGGUUCUAUGACUCUAUUUACACCGAACGUUAUAUGCACACUCCCCAAAACAACCCUGGAGGCUACGAAAACUCCAGCAUCAACGAUGUCAAGCAUCUUUCGCAGAACACACGUUUUCUACUCAUGCACGGUGUCGCAGACGACAACGUCCACAUGCAAAACUCCUUGACUUUACUGGACAAACUCGAUCUAGCCGGCAUUGAAAAUUACGACGUGCACUUCUUCCCAGAUUCUGAUCAUAGCAUAUACUUCCACAAUGCAAAUAAGAUUGUUUAUGACAAAUUAAGCUCUUGGCUUAUAAAUGCAUUCAACGGCGAGUGGCUCCGAAUUGAACAUGCGAUUCCCAAAACCCAAGUCGAGGGCCGCUCUCGUCACAGGUGAAACAUUUUGUUCCGUUUCAAUUCUGCGCGGCGUUUAGGACUGUGUGCAUAAGUCCAUCUGACACGGUGAGAGACUGCACAGGCGUUCGACCGGAUUCAAGUUUUAGUAUUGAGGCGAUGAUCAGAUGUAUAUAUAUGGGUUUUGUG